UGAAAAAGUCGCAACAGAUCUCGUCUGAUCAGAGUCGUGCUUACCACUUCACUUGGCAAGACCGGUCAAGAUGGACUCAUUUAGAUCUAGAAGUCGAAGAACAUGGCGCAUUAAUAGUAGAAUCACAUGGGAUUAUUGUUAUUAGCAGUCAUUUUCUGAUGAAAAAUGAGGUUAUGGACACAAAAAAUACCAAGAAUAAAAAAGAGUCGGGGGCUGGCGCCGUUUUGAUAAAAUUGAGUUCAAGUCAUUGAAAGAAAGUAUCAUAGGUCACGUUUUGUUUGGCACGCAAGUCGACUCACCCUCAUAUUCGCAAUGCUUAUAAAUAAUAUUGGAAGUCUGAAUAAGCGGCGUUUAAGCAGCGUAUGGUCGACAGGAGGUGUGCAUGGUCUGCUUACCGCUCGAUACACACCCGCUGCAACAGUCAUAAUUUGCCUUUCAAAAUGUUGCAGAGAUCAGGCUUCCAAAAAGAAAACAGAUACAGGAUCCAGCCCUCAAGACGUCGUCGCUAUGACCGCCAAACGCAAAUGGGACCAAGUCGUCAUGUUCAUGUUCCUUUGCGCUCUCUUCCCCUUCCUUCACGCACUUCUCGGUAUAGGGGGAGAAUCCGAGCAACAUGUGAACCGUCCAACGAAAGCAACCGGCGGGCCUCCAAACAAGUCGCAGAGGAAUGACACAGGCAAAGCUGCUCUCCACAGCAACCAGCUUCUUGCGAGUGAGACCCACGCGGGCUACCCAGUCGAGAAUUCUGAGCACAUCGCGCACCUCACGCGCGUGCCCAUGGCACUGGCACCACAAGAUGCAUUCCCUGAUCCGACCUCUCCAGUUACCCGCUCAUACAUAGCGUCUAAAGUGCGUUCAACGCCCGCGUUCGCACAGACACCUGAGCUUGCUACUCCGGUCUGGUUUCAGAGAGACGAGUGGGAUAACAUGCUGUAUGACCCGUUCUAUCUUGAAUUCAACGGCAUGCCGUGGAGUACGCCAACAAAAGCAAUCUAGACAAUCACAGCACAAAUUACUGGCGAACGCAGAGGAGGUAUCUUGAAUGUUAAUGAGGUAUCGAAGAAAAGUUGGCGGGUCCCAUUCAAGACAGCAGCCUCGAUCAGCGAGUACUUUUUUUAAUUAUUUCGUCUUCCACGUACUGUUUGAUAUGUUAAAUGUUCUUCAUGAGUCUUUCGGUACUCUGUACAGUAGCAGUGUCGAAAUUAACGUUCCAAU